AUGUGCUGUGAAGCAGACGGAGUGCAUCUACGGCCGAGUCUCCGGCACUUCACAGAUUCGGACGACGAGUUCCGACGCACCCGUGGCAACGGCCUUGACACCAGCAAACUUCCUGUCCACGAUCGAGACUCUAUUCGCUGCGCCCCCUACAAUCCCCAAACCUCUCGUCCCAAACCUCAGUCUUCAGCCCGUGGACCUCAUGCGCUCCGGCUCGGACACCAGUCAACUCCUCUCCCUCGGGAGCUACCCAAUCUCCGAGCAAAAGACAAUGGGCCAAUGCCUCUCCCCAGCUGUCGCCGUUUCAUCACCGCCACGCUCCGAUCAUUCCCCCGCCUCAUGGCCCAGCUGGCCAAGUGGCCGGCCUUUAUCCACCCGCUUGUCAGCAGCCCGCAUUUCGACGAGCGAGACGUCGAACCCCCACCAACCACGCCCCAGCCGCUGAAGCCGCUGGCUGCUUGUAGCGUCAUUUCUCAAGGCUUCGUGGCGCAGUCAGAGGGGUCAAUGGAUUUCCUCUGGCGGAGCAUCGAGGCCGAGGAGCGGUGGAUCAAAAGCGACGUCAGUAUCAGUCCCAAGCGGAAUGGGCGCAGCGUUCAGCUGACAGACGCGCAGAUGCACAAGUUUUCGCUCGGGGAAUUGCUGGCCGCUAUGCAGGCGAUGGUGAUUUACACAAUCAUGCGGAUGAUCGACUUUGGUCCCGACUAUUUUACCGAGCACGACGGCAUGAUUGUCACGAUGCAGGAUCUUGCUUAUGUGUAUUCGUCCUGCGUUCCUGGACCCUUCAGCCCGCCACACGAGCGCAAGGCUGGGUUUCGAUGGAAGGACUGGUUGUGCGAGGAAGUGCGGCGACGGUAG